UGCCAGCCUACCGACCCGAUCAAUAAGUGGUACGCCAACCUGAAGGCUCAAGCAAGUACCACACCGUCAAAUAAUGCCGGCAAGGCGAGGACCAAGUACAAGCAGGCCGUAUACCCUCUUACAAAGCCCGCGAAGUCAUGGAAGGCAUGGAUCGACAACUGGCAGGAAGCACUACAGACUGCACAGACAAAGAAGGUCCCUGAGGCACAACAACCCGCUACUUGGUAUGACGACUUUGAGGCGGCGAUCAGGGGAGCAGGCUGGUCCAACUGGUGCGCACUUUACCGCCUGGUGAAUCAGAAGAGCAUCGAUGCAGGGACCCUCGACUACAGGGACCUGGUGAGUGCGUUCAACCAUAAAGUCAGGGCACAGGAGGCAUCAAGGAAGCCAUCACGGUUCACGAAAGGAUCCUUCGGAGCAACAUACGGCAACCAGGGCGCCGACCGCCCUGAACAAGAGAAGGCACCGGGUUCCUCGAAGCGGAGAUACACCGGGGGCAGCCAUUCAGGCUGUAGGGUAUGCGGGAAUGCUCACAACCUGGAAGGCUGUUGGUACCUUUUCCCUGAGAAGGCUUUCAUAAAAUGGAACCCCUCACAGGAGCGAAAGGACAGGGCGGAGGAGGCCCUGCAGGCAGACGAGUCCCUGAGGAAGGAAGUGGAAGCCCUAAGAAAGAAACACAAGGUCGUUCUGCCACCCUGCACAAGGAUGAUUAGCUGA